UAUUAAAGUCAUCAAAAAGUGCAUUUUGCAUGUACCCUUUAAGUGAUUGUCAACUAAACUCUCUACUUCCAAUUUUGAUGGAUUACUUGCCGUGGUGGAGAUUAUGUUAAAAUGUUUUGUCCUGUAAAAGUCAGAGCUCAUAUAAAGUAGUGCACAUCUUUCAUAGCUUUUACAGCAGAUGUGGCAAGUAGCUGCUGGUGUGAAAAUAUUGCGCUUAUUUUGGCUGAGAGUCAUUUCCUUUACAGCUAAAAGGAAAUUGCCUGCUUCAGGAAACAAACUGUGAGCUGUCUUGCAAAUGAACUCGCACCAUCAUGUCAGAGGAUCCAAGUAGAAUAACAGCCAUGGAGGUGGACACUGCGUUUAUCAAAUCCAAGAGGGGCAUCCUGAAAGUAGCAGAGAUGGUGAUUCUGUUUGUGGCCUUUGUGUGUUUCGCUGUAGCCUCCAGACCAAAGUACAUUGCAGCCACAGUGCUGGAGUUUGUUAUCACUUCCCUUCUACUGCUGCUCUACCUAUUCAAACUCAACAAGAGGCUGACAUUCUUCUUCUGGCCUCUCGUUGAUGCUUUUAAUUCAGUGUUUGCUGCAGUCUACUUUAUUGUCUUGAGCCUGUUGGCGGCGACCACCUACACUGUCACAGGCACGCUGGUUGGAGGGAUAUUUGGUCUUGUCUUCGCUGGGCUGAUGUGUGUGGACAGCUUCGUACUUUUCAAGAACAUCACAUUCAACCAGCCAAGAAGUGAAAUUAAUACUGUAAACAAUGAACAUUAACAAUUCCAAAUGCUCUACAACUGAUACAUUUCCCCUGAGCUUACUGUACAAUGUGACUCGAAGUGUUGUAAACUGGCAUGUUUCAAACUCUGUAUUCAAAUGUAUUUUAUUGCAAUGUAGGCUAUUUCUGAUUUGUGUUUGACGAUAUUUUUGUAUUUGACACAAAUCUCAAUAAGACACAAAUAUCAAUAAAGCCUUUUCUUUGCCUUCUGA